ACAAAACCGGACGAGAAUAAAGCAAAAUGGCGUUUGAUAAAGAAGACGUUAUUGUUGUCUUUUAGAGUCCUGUGUUCUUAAUCUGUUUGUAUGUGUACACAUAUACGUUGUUUAAAAGAGUAAAUAUCGUUAAUGAUAGUUUGUAUUUGUCUGAGCGCACUCGGACGCUUCUCAUGCUAGCUUAAGCUAGGUAGCUUAGCUUGCUAGCUGCUAAUAAAGAGACUCGGGCGUUAUUAUAAAGAUCAAACGUGAGUGUAAAAUGUUGUGAUUGUGUGAAAAUGUGCGAAAGAAGUAUAGCGGAGUACGAGGAAGAACGUUCUUCAACAAAACAACAUAAACUACUGGACGCUGUUUUAAAGAAGCAUCAACUUGUCUUACUCCGAACAGACAUCCAUCAGCUGAUUGGACCUCAAGAAACAUGUCUCCCUCAUUUGCAGGGGGGGAGCUUCACUUUGGAGGAUGAGUAUCCACAGCCCCCCCAUGUCAAAGAGGAAGGAGAGGAUCAACAGCCCCCUAAUAUUAAAGAGGAAAGGGAGGAUUCACAGCACUCCCAUGUCAAUGAAGUAGAGGAGCAUAUACAGCCCCCCUACAUAAAAAAAGAAGAAGGGCAGGAGGAGGCUGAUCCCACCAAGUUUCCAUUGACCGCUGUCUCUGUGAAGACCGAAGACCACGAAGAGAAACCACCUGAGUCCUCACAGCUUCAUCACAGUCCAAAACAUUUCCAUGAGCACCAGAAGUGGACCUCCAGGAUGAAGCAGGAGGAGCCUCAACCCCCACACAUCAAAGAGGAAGAGGAGCAACACCCCUCACAUUUUAAAGGGGAAGAGGAGGAGCCUCAGCACCCACACAUUAAAAAAGAAGGGGAGGAACACAGCAUCAGUCAGGAGGAAACGCAUCUUGAUGGACUGGAGGAUGUUGGUGUCCCCAAGAUGUCCCCAUUGACUGGUGUCACUGUGAAGAGUGAAGACGAGUUCAAAGGUGAUGAUAAACAUUCUAAAGCUGAUCUUUUGACAUGUGACACUGACCACACACACUUUCAAUGCUGUCACUGUGACAAAACUUUUAAUCGCCAACAUAAUAUGAAAAGACACAUGAAAAUACACUUUCGAGAAAAACACAUUACGUGUUCAAUAUGUAGUAAAGGUUUUACACAAAAAAGUGAUUUGAAAAUACACAUGAGAACACACACUGAAGAAAAACAUAUUUCCUGUUCAAUCUGUGGUAAAAGUUUUACACAAAAUGCUAAUCUGAAAAGACACAUGAAAAUACACACGGGAGAAAAACAUUUUUCGUGUUCAAUCUGUGGUAAAGGUUUCACACAAAAAAGUGAUUUGGAAACACACACGAGGACACACACCGGAGAAACCCCUUUCAUCUGUUCAAUCUGUGGAAAACGUUUUACACAAAGGCAGUGUUUGCAAGUACACACGAGAACACACACCGGAGAAACCCCUUUUACCUGUUCAAUCUGUAGUAAAUGUUUUACACAAAAUGCGAAUCUGAAAAGACACAUGAAAAUACACAGUGGGGAAAAACGUUUUUCUUGUUCAGUUUGUGGUAAAGGUUUCACACAAAAAAGUGAUUUGAAAAUACACACGAGAACACACACUGGAGAAAAACACAUUUCCUGUUCAAUCUGUGGUAAACGUUUUACACAAAAAGGUCAUUUGAAAAUACACAUGAGCACACAUACUGGAGAAAAACUGUUUUCCUGUUCAAUCUGUAGUAAAGGUUUUACACAAAAUGCUAAUCUGAAAAGACACAUGAAAAUACACACUGCUGAAAAUCCUUUCGCCUGUUCAAAAUGCAACAAAAGCUUUUCGGAACAAACAAAGCUUGUACUGCACAUGAGAAUACACGACGGAGACAAACCUUUCAUGUGCUCUCACUGUGACAAAACUUUUAAAUACCGCUGCCAUCUGAAAAGGCACACAAGAAUACACACAGGUGGAAAAAAAUGGUUCUGUUCAAUUUGUAGUGAGGGUUUUACAGAAAAUAAAGAUUUGCAAAGACACAUUAGAACCCACACUGGAGAAAAACCUUUAAUUUGCGGUAAAAGAUUCUGUGUAAAGCAACAUUUGAAAAGACACACUAGUGAAAAACCUUAUACCUGUUCAGGGUGCAACAAAAGCUUUUCUCUACGAACAAACCUUCUAGUACACAUGAGAAUACACACCAGAGAUAAACCAUUCAUGUGCUCAAUUUGUAAUAAAAGAUACAUUCGGAAGAUAGACUUGAUAGUACACAAAAGAAGACAUACUGGUGAAAAACCUUUUAUUUGUUCAGUGUGUGGUAGAGGUUUUGUACAACAUCCAUAUUUGAAUAAACACAUGAGAACACACAGUGGUAAAAAAACAUAUUCCUGUUCAAGGUGCAACAAAGGUUUUACUGAACGACAAUCACUUGUAAGACACUUGAGAACACACACAGGAGAGAAAGUACCCCGGAGUAAGAAACAGUGUGCUGGUGAGAACGGCAAAUAA